UAGUACAAAAAAUAAAAAAAAUAAUAAUAAAAAAAUCGUCUUAGAUGAUCAUUUUCUCGUGCCAUGUGUCAGCAAGUGUGCGAUCACAUCAAUCUGUUCCUCGGGUGUCUUGCACUGCCUCAAGCGAACUCUGUACUCUCGGAAAAUGGACCACAGCUCCGACUCGCUGUACAGCUUCGGUUCGCCUUGAUCCUCCUUCGGGGUUGCACCGGCGCCGGAUGCUUUUCUUCCGUCCCGACGGACGGCACCGCUCCAGGUAGCGGAGGAAAAUCCGCCGCGGUGAACGCGGCUCCUGCCGGAGUCUGUUUGUCCUUCUUCCAUGCUGGCGGCUUCGGCGUGGACGCCUGCUGCCUCGACUGGAUGAACUGCGCACGUUUGGGACAGCUGCGGUCCAGACCCUCGUGA